GUCAUCAGCAUUGCAGCUCCAAACAGCGGCUGUAGCUCAGCGGCUACACACCCUCUUACUUCUCCUCUAUCAGACGUUGGAGGAAAGCCCGCAGAAAACACCAGCUCAACAUAGCAGUCAGCUUUUAGCAGAGGAUUUAUUUUCGUCGGGAAAAGACCAUAAUGGCAGCAGCAUGCUCUUCUCUGGACCCGGACCUAAUGAGGGAGGUUCUCGAAUGCCCUAUCUGCCUGGAGACUUACAACCAGGAUAAACUCAGACCCAAACUCCUGCAGUGUGGGCACACUGUGUGUCGACUUUGUCUGGAGAAACUGUUGGCUAAUACCAUCAAUGGUGUCCGCUGCCCCUUCUGCAGCAAGGUCUCCAGGAUGAGCAGCAUCUCCCAGCUGGCAGAUAAUCUUACAGUACUGAAAAUAAUAGAUUGCACUUUGACCUGCAGUGCUGCUGCCACGGCGCUAAUGUGCAAGUCCUGUGGCAACCGGCUACCAAGACAGUUCUGCUAUGACUGCACCACAGUUCUCUGUGAGGUCUGUAAAGCGGAUGGCCACCUGCAUGAAGGCCAUUCAGUUCAGCCGAUAAAAGUGGCAGCUGAGCAGCGCCGUAAAGAACUGAGUGGUAGACUGGCUGCCCUCCGUGACGUUAUGGGCAAUAUUCAGAAGAAAAAGACAACACUUGAAAACAUUUCCAAGAGCUUGAGACAAAAGUACCGGGCGGUUCAGCAAGAGUAUUCUUCGGCAGAGCUACAUCUUCAGGAAGAGCUCAGCAAAUCUCGAAGGACAUUCACAGCCUCUUUGGGAGAAGUGGAAAAACUCAAUGCACAGGUUCUUGAGGAGCAGACAUAUCUUCUUAACCUCGCAGAGGUAAAAGUGGUUUCACGUUGCGAUUAUCUGACAGUAAGGGUAAGACAGAGUGACAUUGCCUUAUUAAAGGACGAUGGCGCAGGAAGUGAUGAUGAAGAGCUGGACCUCAGAAGCAGUUUACCCACACAGUUCCAGCUACAAGAGCCAACACUAGCCAGAGCAGAACACUCUAAUCCCAUAGAAGUGGGCUGUUUGACCACAAACACUUACACAGUCAAUACAGAUGAUGAGAAAGGUGGGUUAGAAACAAUGUUGGAGUUUAAAGCAGAGGAUGCGCCCUCUGGCGCUAUAGGUGGUUCUGUAAUGGUUCCAGGGGAUCUUUACCGUGAUGUUGACAUGGUUUCAGCAGUAGAUGAGACAGUAUGUGGUUCACCAAGUAGCUUUAAGUCAAAGUCCAUGGAUGCAGGUGGGGAAUCUGCAGCGGCUAGUUCCAGGCCACCAGUAUGCCAGUUUGUAAAGAAGAUGGGCUGUAAAGGAGCGCUGCCUGGAAUGUUUAAUUUACCCAUUAGCAUUUGUGUUUCACCACAAGGUGAUAUACUGGUGGCCGAUCGAGGGAACUGCCGUGUCCAGAUUUUCAAUCGUAAAGGUGUCCCGCGCGAAAUCCGACGCAAUGCAAGCAUAGACAACUUUGUUCUGAGCUUCUUUGGUGCUGACCUGCCUAACCUUAUCCCGUUAUCCAUAGCUGUGACUCCUCAAGGUCUGAUUGGUGUUACUGACAACUACGAUAAUUCAGUUAAAGUCUACACCAUGGAUGGGCAUUAUGUGGCCUGCCAUAAAAACCAGCUGAUUAAACCCUGGGGAAUUACUGCCAUGCCAUCAGGCCAGUUUGUGGUGUCAGACGUGGAAGGGGGGAAACUGUGGUGCCUUGCAGUGGACCGCAAUGUAGGUGUAGUUAGCUAUAACCGAUUGUGCUCUGCUGUCCGGCCAAAGUUUGUGACAUGUGAUGCAGCAGGAACCGUGUACUUUACCCAAGGCCUGGCCCUGAACUUCGAAAAGCGCCAGAACGAGCCCCACUUCGAAGGAGGCUUCUCCAUUGGCUCAGUGGGUACCGAUGGCCAGCUGGGGAAACAGCUCAGCCACUUUUUCUCCGAAACAGAGGACUUCCGCUGCAUCACUGGCAUGUGUGUGGAUGCCAACGGUGAUUUGCUGGUCACCGAUAGUGGCAGGAAAGAAAUUCUUCAGUUUCCCAAAGAAGGAGGAUUUAACAUUCUGAUCCAAGAAGGACUGACCUGUCCCGUAGGAGUGGCCACCACCCAGAAAGGACAGCUGCUAGUGCUUGAUUGCUGGGACCACUGUGUCAAAGUCUUUACAUACGUCCAAAGGAGGCAUUCUUCAACUUCCUAGAAACACUUUUUCUCCCUGUGAACUUAAGAGAUUUAGUGGGUGUGUGUGGUUGGUCGGGUUGAAGUUUGAGAAGAUAUAACACUAUUACUUGUUUCUGUAGUGUAGCUGCAGCAAAGACUAUUUCCUUUCCCAGCUUGGUUCCCAGGUGGCUUAUUAUAUUCAUCACUAUAGCAAGUUGUCUAAGUAGAUCAUGAAAAACAAGCCAUUGGUGUUUAAGCUAUGAAGCACAAAGAGCCGACAUUCUCUUCUAUAUUAGCCUUGGUGUCCCCAUUCACGCAUGACUGUGCGACUUACUGCAAUUUGAUUGAGAAAGAUUUGUCAGAGGGGUAGAAAAUAUUUUCAGAUUUACAUAUGAAAUAAAUACAACCAAGGCUGUUGGCCUGCAAUGCACUUUAUUAUUGACUUGUCACUAUGUCCCACUAUUAGGUUUUAGUAGCACACUAAUUAUUUCUACUGAAUGCAGCUGGCAGCUUUAAAAUUUACUUGACCUGUCUCUAAUGGCAAAAAGUAACUAGGAAUCAGCUUUCAUUCUGUAAUAUCAGGGAAAAUUAAAUGUUAAAUAUUUAUUUCUUAUAGAAAAGAGUAUUUAACCAUAAAAUCAUAACCUGAUGUGGUGUGGAGUUAGAGGUACAUCUCCAGAAAUAAUUGUAAUAUUGUGUAAAAGUUCAAUAUAUUUUGUCAUUCCUUUCAGAAAUUGGAAGUCAUAUAUUACAUAGAAUAAUAAAGUGAAAAUGCCAAGCCUUUGUUUCUUCUAGUGUCAAUCAUUAUGACUUAUAGAUAUAAUAAAAGGGAAUAUUUAAAACAGAAAUAUCAGGCUUCUGAAAAGUGUUUACUUUGAUGCACUCAAUACCUGCCUGGGCCUUCUUUUGCAUGGAUAACUGCAGUAAUGCAAUGUGGCAUGGAGGCAAUUAGCCUGUGGCUUUGCUGAGAUGUAAUUAAAGCCCAGUGUGCUAUGAUAGCUGCCUUCAGGUCAUCUGCUUUGUUGGGUCUGAUGUCUAAUCUUCCUCUACAACCCAUUGAUUCUCUGUGAGCUUCAAUUUCGGCUAGAUUGCUGGCACUACCCUAAGUGUGGACGUGUGCUUAGAAAUGGAAUCGGUUCAGGAUAGCAUUUGUCUGUAUGUAAGUGGCUCUUGAUGCACUGACUCUAGCCUCAAUCCACUCUACGUGAAGCUUCCUCAAUUCUUUAAUGCAUUUUGCUUGACAAUCCUUUUAAGGCUGUGGUUCUCCUUAUUGCACCUUUUCCUACCACACAUUUUUCCUUUCACUUAACUUUGUACAUGUACAUAUUUGGAUACACACUCUUAGAAAUGGCCUUUUUGUGACUUACCUCACUGUGAAGCGUGUCAGUGAUUGUCUUCUGGACAUAUGUCAAAUCAUCAUUCUUCCCCAUGAAUGUGUCACUCACUGACUCAGACUAAGACCAUUUAGAGCCUAAGAAAAGGAAACCUUUGCAGGUGUUUUGAGUUAAUCAGCUGAUUAAGGUGUGACACAAUGAGUUGCUAAUAUUUAACUCUAUUACUAUAUUAGCAUUUUUUGAAACACUAAAAUUUGAGUUAUUGCAAAUUAUUUGUAAGCCAUUAUCAAACUUAAAGAAAUAAGGGCUUGAAAUAUUACUAUGUGUAAUAAAUCUAUAUAAUAUAGGAUUAUCACUUUCUGAAAUGAGUGACAAAAAAUAUAAAAUAUUUUCCCCAGUAUUCAUAUUUUGUUAGAUAUACCUGUUUGAGAUCCAUUGAAAUAACAUUUUAGAAUUUCUUUUUUUGAUUUUAAUUAUUUUUACUUUGUAAAUCAUAUUUAUUGAAUAUACAAUGGUGCAAUCAAAGUCCAUCUACCAAAUUUUAGUCAAUUCAUAGUUUAUUGCCUGGGUCAGACCUCUUCAUCUCCAUUUGAUUCCACCAGCAUAGUGCCAGUUUUCUCAAGGUUGAUAGAUCGGUGCGUGUAAUAACCAGAGAAGAGAUGUUCUUAUAUUCCAAAUGAGCUGUGAUGAUUUGAGUGAUGGAAACUAAAAUAGGGCAUACCUCUCCAUGUUUCAAAAUAUUGAAAAAGAUGUGCUAAAUGCUGCCAUUUCAGGCCUUUUUGAGACAUUUUUAUAUGUACAAGUCUACUAGUAAAAACACAGACAAAAAGACUGUUUUUUUUAAAGAUGCAUUAAGCAUGCUAGUGCAAUUUGCAAAGGGUGUAUGUCCAUUCUAGUUGGAUCACAAACAAUGUAAUCUUCCAUUUACUAACUCAAUCUCAUCGCCAUAUUAGAAUGGAAACAUGCAACGCAUGUGGGGAGGUUGAUAAUUAGAAAUGCUUUCAAAAAUACAUGACUUGUUAGAAGACUAGAGUAAUCUUGAGUGAAUUUUCUUUUUGACAAGACUCUGGAAGUGUUUGGAAUUUCUAGUACAUGUUCAUCAACUUUUAAUGGUUUUUAUUCUAUUAGGAAUGAAAUAAUGUUUACUGCAUACAAUACAGUUUUGCAGGAAGUGAACACAAAAAUGAAAGGAAAACAGAUGUAAAUUGGUGCCACAAAACUCACAUGUAACAGGCUAAGUGAGUUGUGGCACUUUUCUUUGGAGGUUUAUUAUUGCUUAUUGACAACUUUUAUUCAGUGGUAUCGUAUCGUCAGACAUAAUAUACUUUUUGUUCUUGCUAUUCCAGGAGAGGCACAUACAUCAGAGCUGGGUCAAAAGCCUCAUAAGAAAGCAUAAGGUCCAACCUUGAACAUUCAGUAUCCCAAAGGUUGUUUAUGUCUUAUUAUGAUACAUCAUCACAGAGAUCUUUCACUUGGUAAAAAAUCAAAUAUAAAAGGCAGUCAUUUCUAUUUAUCACGACUAUCUGAAGUGCUUCACUGUCAAGUACCUUUUUGUGAGAAUUCUAACAGGAAAGAAAUUCUUCCUAUAUUUGAAGCCAAUGUCAAGUUAAUAAUAAACUUGUAGAGUACUUUUUAAAAAGUAACAAUUUAAUAUUUGUUUUUGCUUUUUAUUUUUUUGUGUGAAAUUGGCAGUGGAAUGAAUCAAAGUUUCAAUAAAGCUUGAAGAAGCCAGAGUUGCAUCUGUGAAGGAAAUCAUUAAAUCUUGAUUAUCAUCCCAACAAAAAUUGUCAUAAAGCCUUGAGAGCAAUAUAAUUAGCAAUACGGGUGAUUUAUGCACUCAGUUGUUCUUUGAGGCAUUACCCAGCACAGUUGUAGUGUUACCAUAUCAUAGGCAAUGAAUAUGGAAAGUCCUCAUGCCUAAGAUUUUGUUCUUCCCAUGUAAAAUACCCAAACCUGGGUUCAUGUUUGUGAUUUGUCCUGUGCUCAUCUUUUAAAAAAUAUAUAUUAUUAAUAUUUACAUGCAUAUAUCCAUAACUGCUUACAGAGCUGAUGAGUAACACUGUGACAUCACUUAGUAUGAUCUCAGUUGUUUUGGCUUGUUGAGUAAAAGCAAAAAUUACCCUUCACAAGCUGGAACUGCAACUUAGUAAAGCCUGAGCUUUACUUCAGAUGCAGAGGACCAUUUCAUUGUGGCUAUAUGAGCCAAUCCACAGACACAGUCAAGAUCAUAGCUGAGAGCAAUAUAAAGAGUACCAAAGAAAAGAUGAGUAGAAGUACAACAAAACAAAUGGUUUUUCACUUUUCCCUUCUGUAAAGAACCAUUUCCCUUACGCCAUUGUGCAUUGUACAUUAACUAUUAACUACUCACAAUUUUUGGCAAUAAAAUUAAACACAUUGAAGCCAACUACACAUCUUUAAUCAAAGUUUUUAGUUUCCUAUAACUAUGGAACGCUCUGAGUUUAGGCAUGGUCUCAUGAGAGAGCCAUGCUGUAUGAUAAUCUUGAGUAAAAAUAUCAAAUUCACAAUAUUUACACAAGUAUUACAAAACAAAAAUGUAUAACAUGAUAGUUAUUCUAAACAGCAAAACAGAACAUAUUCAUAAUACUGCUAAAAUAUUAUUUUGAAUAUAAUUAUGUUCAUCAAUUAUAGUGAUUAAAUGUAAGAGUAGAAUAACGUCCUAUAAAGUUAGCAGUAGUUUACCACCCUGAAAUACACCAAGUUAAUAUUAACUGGUUCUGCUGUUUCAUUGUUUGCAAAUUUGUUAUAAAAUGACAUCUUGAAAAAAGGACAGGUGCUGAUUUAGUGUCUAUGACACACUUCUUUUUUUAAGACACCAAAUAUUUCCAAAUUGGUGAUGCGUUUUCUCUUUUUUUAAAUGAAGGGAAAAUAUAGGAGGCUUCAGUCAACAAGCUGGCCUGAAGUUUAAAGUGAAAAUGUAGGCAAUUUUCCUUACACCCCGACAAUAGUCACUAUGGUUGGUUGAUUCCUUAGAUUCCAUGUAUACUCUCAAUACUCUGUUUAUUAUUCCCUGACUUCUGUAUAUUUGUCUUUCUCAAUACAGAUUUGCUCAUUAGAGCAUUAUCUAUAAUUACCUAAAAGUUUAUGUUCCCAAGACAACCUUUACUCUGCAUAUUUAUCCCCAUCUAUUGUAAGGAGCAUCAAACAUGCAUAGCAGAUAAUAUGACUGGUAAAAAAUAAAACUAAAGACAAGCUAGGUUAGAGUAUAAAUUCAAGUUUGCCAUAUGCAUUUUUUUUCGUGUUGUUACAUCUUUGUCCAUCUUUUUAUUUUCAUGCAAAUCCAUCUCUGUACUAAAUACAUUUUGAUCUAAUAUUCUUAUCAACUGCAUAUUGUUCUUACCAUAAAAAAGCUCUUAGUGAUCACUUGAAGUAGUAACAAAAUAACCAAGAAUAACAGUUACAGAAAAAAGCUUCAAAUGUUUGAAAAGUUAAGUGUCCUUGUUUCAGUGUGGUGAGUUGUUGAGUGUCUCACAUCCUCUAAAUAUGUCCUUUAUUACAGAUGCAGAGUUGUUAAUUCAUAUUGUUAUACAACAUUUUGUUUACAGUGAAUCAAACUCCCAUGUUGUUCAUUGGUGCAGUCAAAAUCAUGUUUGUAUUGUUGAUAAUCCUGAGUGCAAUAAACAUUGUCAACCAGUAAACUAAA